GGCGACUGGAGCCGGCAGCGCGUCCCGUUGCGCGGUGCGCAUCUGUCCGCGCAUGCGGAAUACCGCGGCAAGAGCUUAAGAGUGGGCACGAAUAGGGCCAACCGACUAAGCGAGAGAGAGACGAGUGACGACGACGCAGCAGAGAAGGAGAAGAGCGUGGGGGGAAAGGAAGAAGAUGGCGACCCCCGCCGAGUGGGCCUCGCUCUGCGAGGCGCUCCGGAGCGCAGUCAACCUCUCGUACGUGGAGUCCAAGAAGGACCCGGAGACCGAGCCGUACCGCUCCAAGUACGCCGCGCGGGAGCUGCUCGAGGGCAUCAAGCAGGUGCUGGGCUCCGAGGAGGCGGGAGAGGCCGAAGGCGCCCCGGGCGCUAGCGAAGAUGGAGCCGCUGACGACGUGAGGGAGCGGCUGCGCGCCGUGCGGCUGGCCGCGGUCGAGUACGAGCUCGGGGUGAACCACACCGACACCCAGGAGUGCUCCGCCGGCGAGGAGCACCUGGUGAAAUGCCUGCAGCUGCUGGAGCGACACCGCCUCUCCCGGGAGUGCGUCUCCCUUUACAUCCAGGCCCAGAAUAAUCUGGGUAUCCUGUGGUCGGAAAGAGAUAACAUUAAAACAGCACAGACUUACUUGGAAUCUGCAGAGGCUUUGUAUAAUCAAUACAUGAAAGAGAGUGGGAAUCCUCCACUUGAUUCCAAUGAACACUUUAUGACUGAAGAAGAGAAACUGUCUGACCAAGAGAGAUCAAAAAGAUUUGAGAAAGUCUAUACUCAUACGCUAUAUUAUCUGGCCCAAGUCUACCAGCAUCUGGAAAUGAUUGAGAAGGCUGCGCAGUAUUGCCAUACCACCCUCAAACGGCAGCUUGAGUAUAGUGGCUACUAUCCAGUAGAAUGGGCGCUCAAUGCAGCUACUUUGUCUCAGUAUUAUCUCAACAAGCAUUGUUUCAUGGAGUCCAGGCAUUGUUUAGCAGCUGCCAGUGUCAUCUUUGGCCAAGCUGGACAGGUGCCAUCUGUAGAGGACAAUGAAACGGAACAAGAUCAACAAGAUCUUCUACAGAGGAAAGCUGAAAUUGCCAGAUGUUGGAUUAAAUACUGCUUGAACUUGUUGCAGGGAGCCCGGAUGUCGCUUGAGGACAACAUUGGUGAGCUCGAUCCGGACAGACAGUCAGAGCUUAAGGCCCAGCAGAAAAAAGAGGAGGACGAGAAGGAGAAAGGGAGGAAGAAGGCUGUUCUCUUUGGAACUAGUGAUCUGUGUGACUCUAUUUUGGCCAUGGAAGAAAAAGUAAGCUGUGUGUUCCCAUUAGACUUCAACGAAGCCAGGGAAGUCUUCUUGGUGGGUCAGAACUAUGUCAAUGAAGCUAAAGAUUUUUUUCAGGUAGAUGGGUAUGUCACUGACCACAUUGAAAUUGUUCAGGAUCAUAGUGCCUUGUUCAAGGUGCUGGCUUUCUUUGAAGAAGAUUAUGAGAGGCGUUGCAAGAUGCACAAGCGUAGGAUUGAUAUGUUGGAGCAAAUAUAUGCAGGCCUAAACCCUCAGUAUUAUCUGCUCCUCAGUAGGCAGCUUCAGUUUGAACUAGCAGAUACCUAUUACGAGAUGAUGGAUUUAAAGGUGGCCAUUGGUAAUAGACUAGAGGAGCUUGACUCCCACACAAUAAAGAAAAUAAAUUCUCUUGCUCAGCUGGCAAUGAAAUUCUAUGAACUCUUUUUAGAUUCACUGAGGAACCCUGAUAAGGUUUUCCCUGAGAUCCUGGAGGAGGAUGUUCUUCGCCCUGCAAUGGUGGCCAAGUUUCAUAUUGCACGCCUUUAUGGCAAGCUUAUUACUUCCGAAGGCAGUAAGCAGUUGGAGAACAUGCAGACCUCAUUGGAAUAUUACUCUUUUCUGGUAGACUACUGUGAGAAGCACACUGAGGCCGUCCAGGCCAUUGAAACUGAGUUAGAACUCAGUAAAGAAAUGGUUGGUCUUCUUCCAACAAGAAUGGAGAGGCUAAGAGCAAAGCUUUCUACUUUCACUUAAACUUCUUCCUUCCAUAGAAAUGUGCAAUAUUAACAUGAUCUCUGUCCAAAGAGAUGGUUUCCCUUAAUGGCAGUUGCCUUGUAAUAACCCAGCAUCUUCUUCUGUUGUGAGCUUCCACUGUGACAGGCAACAUAGAGCCCGUAUCAAAUGGAAAACUGUCAAAUGUAGUAGUUCUCCCACAAUUCAAUAUUAAUUAUACAAUGAGUGGCCAACUGGUGCUCUGUAUUGCUUGCUCUGUGCUGACAUGCAAACCUUCCUGCCUUAUUUUUCUCCAUCCACCAUGUGGUCCAGUUUCUGACUAGUGCUGUUCUCCAACUGUUUCCUCCAAUGGGUAACUUUUUGGGUAGGUUAUGCUAACAGUCCAAUCCAUUCCCACAAAUAGCCUUUAGGUACAGUGGUAUAGGCAGAAUUUUAGAUUCCUCAUUAAAUUUUCCUUGAGUUUUUUAACAGAUUGCUAAUUUAAUGGUGUCAUAUUUAUUUUUGUAUAUGUUUAAUUGUCCAACCCUUUUAAAGGGAUCAUUAAAUAAACAUGCCUGACUGUACAUUCUCUUGACAUCCUUUUAUUUGUGUGUGUUGUGACCUAUUUGGCAGUGUAGACCUGCUCUAUUUUUUCUCCUAAGUCUUAAAUACACUCUGGAUUCUAUCAAACCUUUUGUCAGGUCUCUGUUUACUCCAUUCUAAAAUAAUAAUAAUAAAAAAUUCUGCACCAAGUUAAGCAAACAUUAUGUAAAGAGAACCUGAGUUCUAUGAUCUGUAUAAUUCAUUUGCACUUGUAUUACAUAUUUCUAGGUAUAAGACCAAAAUGUUAUAGACACUAAAGCUCCACCUUAUGGCCAUUGGGAAUCUAAUUUCUUUAAUUGUUAAAUUAUUGACUUGCUGUAAACUGUCCGGAACUCUUUGGAGAAAAGCCAGUGUAUAAACAUGCUAAAAUAAAAUAAAAUAAUAAUUCAACUAUG